AAAAUUCUACGUUGAUGGCAAUUUCUGUAUCGCAUCCAGACCGUUUAGACGUUCCCCAUCGCCCUUGAAGAGCUUCUCCCUUGCUCGUCUUCUUCCUCUUUCCGAAUCCUAGCCGGCAGUCCAGUCGCGCCAGGGCGGCUACUUCCCCCCCGUGCUGCCACCAUGCCUGCCGGACAUGGGAUGCGCGCCCGGACGAGGGACCUGUUCUCUCGGGGCUUCAGGCAAAAGGGUUUCAUUCCCUUGACCGUGUACCUGCGUUCGUUCAAGGUCGGCGACUACGUUGAUGUGAAGGUCAAUUCGGCGGUGCACAACGGCAUGCCCUUCAAGUACUACCAUGGCAGGACAGGGAAGGUCUGGAAUGUCACAAAGCGGUCGGUCGGAGUUGAGAUCAACAAGCAGGUGGGAGGUCGCAUCAUCAAGAAGAGGAUCCAUGUGAGGAUUGAGCAUGUGAAGCCGUCUCGGUGUCACGAGGACUUCUUGGAGAGGAGGAAGAAGAACGACCAGCUCAAGGCUGAGGCAAAGAAGCGCGGGGAGAGCCUCCAUGUGAGAAGACAACCCGCGGGACCUAAGCCCGGUUUCUUGGUGGAGAAGGCUGACAUCGAGACCGUCACUCCUAUCCCCUACGACGUCGUCAACGAUCUCAAGGGAGGAUAUUAAUGGGGCUAGAAGAGUACAGGAGUACAGACUUGCCAGUGUGUCCUUGAAGAUUUACCCCCUUCUCAUUGGUUCUUCUCUCACCUUGCGCUGUGGCUUACAAGAGGUAUGGUUCUGCAUGAUGGAACCACCUUGUAUCAAUGCUCCUUAUUGCACUCGUUGAACAUGACUUCAUGCUUGCGAUAUCUCAGAAGAAAGAAAAAAGAAAUCAAGUAUCAAUUGGGUUCUAUCAGCCGCACAGUGUAUAGUCCGAGGUAUUGCUAUCACAUUAUGGC